AUGUCUGGACGUGGGAAGCAGGGCGGCAAGGCUCGCGCCAAAGCCAAGACCCGGUCCUCCCGGGCCGGCCUGCAGUUCCCCGUGGGUCGUGUGCACCGGCUGCUCCGCAAGGGCAACUACUCGGAGCGCGUGGGCGCCGGCGCCCCAGUGUAUCUGGCGGCCGUGCUGGAGUACCUGACGGCCGAGAUCCUGGAGCUGGCGGGCAACGCGGCGAGGGACAACAAGAAGACGCGCAUCAUCCCGCGCCACCUGCAGCUGGCCAUCCGCAACGACGAGGAGCUCAACAAGCUGCUGGGCCGCGUGACCAUCGCACAGGGCGGCGUCCUGCCCAACAUCCAGGCCGUGCUGCUGCCCAAGAAGACCGAGAGCCACCACAAGGCUAAGGGGAAGUAAGACCAGGGAUCACCAAAGGCUCUUUUCAGAGCCACCUAUAAGAACACACGGAGGAGCUGUGCUAAUUAGAAUGGUAGUUGGGUCAAUUAGUGCAACACUAUGUGGACAGAGAAACAGUAAGUUAAGCCAGUCCUAGGUUUAUUCUCAAGGAUUAAUGAAUCAAACUGCCAAGUUUUAAUUAUUGCCCAGUAAGUAUUAGUACCUCUUAAGUUUUAAUGCUUCAGGCCAGAAACGUUCCCUGUAUUAUUAAAAGAUCAUUGUGUUUGUUCUUGUAUAGCAUUCUAGGAGGAAUAGCAAGUUAUCUAAUAGAUUGUUCUUUCCCUCAGCAUUUACAGGAUGACUUAUGUUAAAAUCUGUCAUUUCUUUAAGCCUCAGC